GUGAUGUCACCUGCGGGUCGGUAACCUAGGGCAGCUGUGAAGGAAACUAUUGAACCCGAUCCCAACGUAUCCAGCGCGAGGAGUCGCCUUUCCGGCAUGCAGGGGCUGCUCAGCAUUUAGUCUCAUCAAGCAGUAGAAGAGAAUUCAGCCAUGGCCCCAAGGAAGAGAGGUGGUCGGGGGAUUUCGUUCAUCUUUUGCUGUUUCCGGAAUAAUGACCACCCAGAAAUCACUUACCGGCUGCGAAACGAUAGCAACUUUGCGCUUCAGACCAUGGAGCCAGCGUUGCCGAUGCCCCCUGUGGAGGAGCUGGAUGUCAUGUUCAGUGAACUUGUGGAUGAACUUGACCUCACAGACAAACACAGGGAGGCCAUGUUUGCACUUCCAGCUGAGAAGAAAUGGCAAAUAUACUGUAGCAAAAAGAAGGAACAGGAAGAAAACAAGGGAGCCACAAGUUGGCCUGAAUUCUACAUCGACCAGCUCAACUCCAUGGCUGCUAGAAAGUCUCUGCUGGCUCUAGAGAAGGAAGAAGAGGAGGAGAGGAGCAAAACUAUAGAGAGCUUGAAGACGGCACUGAGGACAAAACCAAUGAGGUUUGUAACCAGGUUCAUCGACCUGGAUGGCCUGUCAUGCAUCCUCAACUUCCUAAAGACUAUGGACUACGAGACCUCAGAGUCUCGAAUACACACCUCUCUCAUCGGCUGUAUAAAGGCUCUAAUGAACAACUCUCAAGGUCGGGCUCACGUCCUGGCCCAUUCUGAGAGUAUCAAUGUCAUUGCUCAGAGUCUGAGCACAGAAAACAUUAAGACAAAGGUGGCCGUGCUGGAAAUCUUGGGCGCCGUGUGCCUGGUUCCCGGGAGCCACAAGAAGGUGCUGCAGGCCAUGCUGCACUACCAGAAGUAUGCCAGUGAAAGGACCCGCUUUCAGACAUUAGUUAAUGAUUUAGAUAAAAGCACUGGGCGGUAUCGAGAUGAAGUGAGUCUCAAGACGGCCAUCAUGUCCUUCAUUAAUGCAAUGCUAAGCCAAGGAGCAGGAAUGGAGAGUCUGGACUUUAGACUUCAUCUUCGCUAUGAAUUUCUGAUGUUAGGAAUUCAACCUGUAAUAGAUAAAUUAAGAGAACAUGAAAAUUCAACAUUAGAUAGGCACUUAGACUUUUUUGAAAUGCUCCGAAAUGAAGAUGAACUAGAAUUUGCCAAAAGAUUUGAACUGGUUCAUAUAGAUACAAAAAGUGCGACUCAGAUGUUUGAGCUGACCAGGAAGAGGCUGACUCAUAGCGAGGCUUAUCCUCAUUUCAUGUCCAUCCUGCACCACUGCCUCCAGAUGCCUUAUAAGAGGAGUGGCAACACUGUUCAGUACUGGCUGUUACUCGAUAGAAUUAUACAGCAGAUAGUCAUCCAGAAUGACAAAGGACAGGACCCUGACUCCACACCUUUGGAAAACUUUAAUAUUAAGAAUGUCGUUCGGAUGCUGGUUAAUGAGAAUGAAGUUAAGCAGUGGAAGGAACAAGCAGAGAAAAUGAGAAAAGAGCACAGCGAGCUACAACAGAAGCUGGAGAAGAAGGAGCGAGAAUGUGAUGCCAAGACCCAGGAGAAGGAAGAGAUGAUGCAGACCCUCAAUAAAAUGAAAGAGAAACUUGAAAAGGAGACUACAGAGCAUAAGCAAGUCAAGCAGCAGGUGGCCGACCUCACGGCCCAGCUCCAGGAGCUCAGCAGGAGGGCAGUCUGUGCUUCAAUCCCGGGUGGACCCUCGCCUGGAGCUCCAGGGGGCCCCUUUCCUUCCUCUGUACCCGGCUCUCUCCUUCCCCCUCCUCCCCCACCCCCACCAGGUGGGCUGCUUCCUCCUCCUCCACCUCCCCUGCCUCCUGGGGGCCCUCCUCCUCCCCCAGGGCCUCCUCCACUGGGGGGAAUCAUGCCGCCUCCUGGUGCUCCAAUGGGCCUGGCUCUCAAGAAGAAGAACAUUCCUCAACCCACAAACGCCCUGAAGUCCUUCAACUGGUCGAAGCUGCCUGAGAACAAACUGGAAGAAACAGUGUGGACUGAAAUUGAUGAUACGAAAGUCUUCAAAAUUCUAGAUCUCGAAGACCUGGAAAGAACUUUCUCUGCCUACCAGAGACAGCAGAAAGAAGCAGAUUCCAUUGAUGACACACUGAGUUCCAAACUUAAAGUCAAAGAGCUUUCAGUGAUUGAUGGUCGAAGAGCUCAGAACUGCAACAUCCUUCUGUCAAGGUUGAAAUUAUCCAAUGAUGAAAUCAAGCGGGCAAUCCUGACAAUGGAUGAACAGGAAGAUCUGCCCAAGGACAUGCUGGAGCAGCUUUUGAAAUUUAUUCCCGAGAAAAGCGAUAUUGACCUAUUGGAGGAGCAUAAACAUGAGUUGGAUCGGAUGGCCAAGGCUGACAGGUUCCUUUUUGAGAUGAGCCGAAUUAAUCAUUAUCAGCAAAGGCUGCAGUCGCUGUACUUCAAAAAGAAGUUUGCAGAGCGUGUGGCAGAAGUGAAACCUAAAGUGGAAGCAAUCCGUUCUGGCUCAGAGGAGGUGUUCAGGAGUGGCGCCCUCAAGCAGUUGUUAGAGGUGGUUUUGGCACUUGGAAAUUAUAUGAACAAAGGGCAAAGAGGCAAUGCCUAUGGAUUCAAAAUAUCCAGCCUAAACAAGAUUGCCGACACGAAGUCCAGCAUUGACAAGAACAUUACCCUUUUGCACUAUCUCAUAACUAUUGUGGAAAAUAAAUAUCCCAAGGUUCUCAAUCUAAAUGAAGAAUUGAGAGAUAUUCCACAAGCAGCAAAAGUAAACAUGACUGAGCUGGAUAAAGAAAUGAGCACCCUGAGAAGUGGCUUGAAGGCCGUAGAGACAGAGCUUGAGUACCAGAAGUCUCAGCCCCCGCAACCCGGAGACAAGUUUGUGUCUGUGGUCAGCCAGUUCAUCACCGUAGCCAGCUUCAGCUUCUCUGACGUUGAAGAUCUUCUAGCAGAAGCUAAAGACCUGUUUACUAAAGCAGUGAAGCACUUUGGGGAAGAGGCUGGCAAAAUACAGCCAGAUGAGUUCUUCGGCAUUUUCGAUCAGUUUCUUCAAGCCGUGUCAGAAGCCAAGCAGGACAACGAAAACAUGCGGAGGAGGAAGGAGGAGGAAGAGCGCCGGGCUUGCAUGGAAGCUCAGCUCAAAGAACAACGUGAAAGAGAACGUAAAAUGAGAAAAGCAAAAGAGAACAGUGAAGAAAGCGGAGAGUUUGAUGACCUUGUUUCAGCGUUACGCUCAGGAGAAGUGUUUGACAAAGAUCUGUCUAAACUGAAACGGAAUCGCAAACGCAUCACCAGCCAGAUGGCGGAUAGCAGCCGGGAGAGACCAGUCACAAAGCUUAAUUUCUGAUUUUCUCUGAGUACUUUUCUAGAACGCUCAUUGCCAGACCUUUGAAAUGACUAGACCAUUUCAUGACACUGCCCUGCAGUCCAAACAGUGGGAAUGUCUUCCUCCAUCUGUGAGUGAAUGUGUGUGUGUGUAAAUUUAUGGGUGUACAUAUAUGUAUUUAAAAGUGUAUAUAGAAGUCAGAGUGUUGUCUAGAGACCUAUAUGUAUGGUUUAAAAUGUUCUGUUGAUGUGUGUGCUCAGAGACCCUUCGUGUUUGCGUCAUAUUGAGUGUGGCUCACUGCUCACUUUCUUUCCCUGAUCACCCUGAUCACCAUCACUUUUCAGAAGCACAAUACUGUCUCCUAAGAGAUGACAGAGACAUUCCCUGGUGUAAAAAAAAGAAGAAGAAGAAGAAAAAGGAAAAAAAAAAAAGGCUUAUAAAAUAUUUUGUGGUUUCCAGGCUUGGUGUACUUUGAAAUUAUUUUCAUUGGUGGAACUGGAGUUGGAAAAAUAUAGACUUAAAAUGUUUUUGAUAGUUGGCAAUGUGAUGCUGGUAAUUGAUAGGACCAGAUUAGAAUUUCUGAUAUUGGUGCAGGGAUAUAGUCUAUAAAUGUUUAUUGAGAACAUCUUGCACACAAUUUGAAUUAUGUAGAAUGUCAAUCAGAAUUUCUUUAUAUAUUUAAAACUUGAACAUCCAUUUCCCCCCCUAACUUCAUCAAGUUUUCUGCCAAGUGCUCUUGAUGAAUUCUUUAAAUUGCUUUUGGGAAAAAAAAAAAAACACUAUUUAUCUAAAUGCAAUCCAUGCCCUUGUUAAAGGCUAGGAUUGCCAGAAUAUGCUUGUUAUAAAAAUAAAAUUUCCCACCCAAGGCUUAGAAGAAUUAUUCUCCGAAGGUAAUAAGAUUAUUAAAACAAAAUUUGUAUGGGGUGCCUUUCUUGGUAUUUUCUAUUUUCUGUCUUGUAGUGCAGGCUACAUCUUCUGUAAACAUAGACCUGGACUAAAGGACACAUAGUAUGCUCAAUGCGGGCAGUGUCAACAGAGAUGCCCAGCUCUGUUUAUCUCUAAGUAUAUUUGAAGUGGUUUGCUGUUUAUAUGUUGUCAUUUUAAAUUGUGUGUCAGUAAAGCUACCUGUAAAAUUUCAGUCCAAAAAAUAAAGCUCUCAGGGAGAACAAAACAAUGAACAUUAGAAAAUAAGAUGUAGAUGCUUACCAUUAACCUACCAACUCUUAAUAUCCUUAAAUUAUAUGCUAUAUAAAGAGGACUGUUACUUUUUGGAUACUUUGGGGAUUUUUUUGUUUUGGGGGUCUUUUUUUGCUUUCUUUUAUUUAUUUGUCGUGGGGGAGGGGGGUAACAUUUUCGCUUUUCUUUCCAUCAAUCCUGUUGUGGUUGGGUUUCCUGUGGAGGGAGUAGUUUGUCCAGUUGCACUAGAACAUUAUUUACUUGCUAAAUUGAGUUUUUCAGCCAAUUAACAAAUAUUUAUUAAGCACUUGCUAUGUACCAGGCAUAGUAGGGCUGCAAUCGUAAGCAAGACAGAACCCCUGUUCCCAAGGAGCAUAUGUUCUCAUGGGGUGUUAGGGGAGGAACAGAAUACCAGUGUGUGCACUGUACAGGAAUCGUACUGUUUAAAGAUAAUUUGUAUAAACUAUGAUGCUUAGUGCAGAUGGCAAGGUAUCUGUGCUAUGUGAAAGCUGUGAAAUAGUGCUCUAAGAGUUGUCAAGAGCUGCGGUUUUACAUUUUUUUCCUCAUUGCAAAAUUCCCAACAUCCUACACGUUUUGUGAAAGUGACUCUUGCAAAUGAAAGUCGCACGUGCAAAGCAGAGGUCGCCCUCCCCCGUCCCUUGUUUAACCAAGGUCUGCAAGUGCAGGAGUAAAGGCAUAGAGACUUAGAGAGUCCUGGAGAUGAGGAGGAGUGGGCUAUAGUGAUGGCUUUUGUCUGUUCCUUAACUUAAGUGCCUCUAUGUAUAUUCUUUUCUAUUUCUAGCAGGAGAAAUUUGGUCUGGCUCAAUUUUAGAACCAUAUUUUGACAAUGGCUUUGUCUUAGAGUUUAAGGAAUAGACAAGCGGAGGGAGAGUCACCUAAGGGAACAAGCUUGUGUCCAUGUCUCUCUUGGCCUUUUUAAGCAUCCUCAUCAUGACACAGCCAUCCUGGGAGGCCUUCUUUGCCAUUUCCACUUUUGGUUUCCUUUCCCGAAAACUGUGUGCAGGUAAUUCCUAUGUGCCAUGGUUGAAAAAACAACAAAACUACUUUUUAGAUUGGUGCUGGUAUAAGUAGCCACUUUUCUCUCUUGGGUGUGUAUUUUAAAGAUUUUUGUUUGUUUUUUAAAUUAAUGCCAAAAAUAAAAAGCAUUUUAAUUUGUAAACUUAAUUAUAUGUCUUGUAUCUUGUUAGCUUAGUAGUUGGAACAACUUAGUCUUUAGGUGCAAGACUGUUAUAGUACCAAGAAAAAUGUUGUAUGUGUUGAGACUGUACAUUUUUUAAAAAAAAUAGCAAUAUGCAAUAAAGAGAUGAAUUCAUUGGGUGUACAUAUAUGCUUUCUAAUAUUAUUAAAAGAACAUCAUCAAACUUGUUUGU